AUGUUCAAGCCUUCACAACCGAUGAUGGCGCGACUGCGCUUAACGACUAAGCAGGUCAAUGGUGGCUACUAUAAAGGAAACCGCACUGGCGCGAUGGGUUACUUCGCGAAGAACGGCUCGUAUGUGAUCGACUGGAAAAAAGUCCGAACCUUUGUUGUUCCUGAAAACUUGGGUGAAUUUAAGCUUACCCCCUUCGUCACGCAACGCAUGGCCCCAACAAAGUCCAAAUACACCAGAGACAUGGAGAAGGAUAGCAAGUUGAUCACAGUCGAACGAGCAUUUGGUGGGAAGGACUAUCUUGACAUGUGGGCUUCGGACAAUGGCCAAGAGGUACUUGAGCAGGAGCGACUCGAACAAGAGACAUCCCGUCAAUAG